UCGUCACAGCCCUCUUGGUAUUUGCCGUAGGUGUGUACGUAGAUGGCAUGCAAAAAGAAUAGUCUCACACAGUUUGCACAACGGAUUAUCCUAUACUUCCUGAGUAACUUACCUAAUAUAUAAAGGAGACUAGGGCUGUACGGUAGUUUGUACAAUAGUUCACUCACGGUGACGACAGCCAAUGUGAAUCCGUAUGACCGGAGAUUGAUUAUUUUCAUUAAAAUAAUUAGGUGAACCGGGGCCGAUAUACCUUACACUUUACGAGAAAAUUUAUCGUGCGUUAUUCGUCGAUUCUCGUUAGUCGACGUAAAAUUGGAAUAAAGAAGGAAACGAGAGAAAUACUUUAAAUCAGAAUACCUCAGAACGAUUAUUCGUAUCGAAGUGAAAAAUGAACGCGGAAGAAUUUAAAGAAUUUGGUAGUGCUAUGAUCGAGUACAUUACAAAUUAUUUGGGAAAUAUAAGGGACAGAAAUGUACUCCCAAGUGUAGAACCGGGAUAUCUAGCAGAACUCCUACCGGACGAAGCACCCCUCAAACCCGAAGCUUGGCAGGAUAUCCUGAGGGAUAUUGAAACUGCCAUAAUGCCUGGUGUGACGCACUGGAAUUCGCCAAAUUUUCACGCUUAUUAUCCCGCGGGUUGCAGCUAUCCAUCCAUUGUUGCUGACAUGUUGAGUGCUGCAACGGCAAACAUCGGAUUUUCAUGGAUGUCAUCGCCCGCCUGUACGGAACUUGAAGUUAUCACGAUGAAUUGGUUGGGAAAGCUUCUUAAUUUGCCUAAAGAAUUUUUGAACUGCAGCGAGGGACCCGGAGGAGGAGUCAUUCAGGGAUCGGCGAGUGAAUCAACGUUGAUUUGUCUGUUAGCCGCAAGAACUCUGACCACAAGACGUAUAAAAAAAUUACAUCCGGAAUGGGACGAAGCAACAAUCAGAGGCAAAUUAGUUGCGUACAGUUCCGAUCAGUCAAACUCGUCGAUAGAGAAAGCCGGGCUUCUUGCCUCAAUGACAAUGAGAUUACUUCCUUCUGACGAAAAAUGUCGUUUGAGGGGAUCCACGUUAAUCGAAGCAAUGGAAAAGGACGAAGAAAACGGCUUGAUUCCUUGCUACGUUGCUUCAACCCUCGGCACAACUGGAACCUGCGCUUUUGACUGCCUCGAAGAAAUCGGACCAAUUUGCAACGAAAAAAAUGUUUGGCUUCACGUCGAUGCCGCCUACGCUGGCGCCGCAUUGGCGUGUCCAGAAUACAGACACCUCAUGCCUGGUCUGGAAUUGGUCGACUCGUUUUCGUUCAAUCCCCACAAAUGGAUGCUCGUUAGUUUCGAUUGUUCGGCGUUGUGGGUGAAAGAUUCCAACCAUCUCAUCGGCGCGUCUAACGUGGAAAGGAUUUAUCUGGCGCAUGCAAAUUCGGACAAAGCGCCCGAUUACAGGCAUUGGCAGAUUCCGCUGGGGCGCAGGUUCCGCUCUUUGAAACUUUGGUUCGUCAUGCGAAUUUACGGUAUCGAGGGAAUACAGAACUACCUAAGAAAUAGCGUACGUCUCGGUGUAUACUUCGAGUCUCUGGUCAGACGUGACGAAAGGUUCGAAGUUAUAACGGAAGGUACACUGGGAUUGAUUUGCUUCAGACUCAAGGGCGAUGAUUCACUGACGCGUGAACUUCUGAAUCGAUUGACAUCUCGAAAACAAAUUUACGUGAUAGCCGCUACCUACAUGGACAAAUUGAUCGUUCGUUUCGUCAACUGCACCGAAGCAACAACGGACAAAGACGUGGAGUUUGCUUGGACCGAGAUUGCUAACCAAGCCACCGAAGUUAUCGAAGCCCUCGAUAGACUGGAGACUGAACGAAGUUCGAAAGAAAUAGAAUACGACGACAACGAGGAGAAAAAGUUUUCAGAAAAAAUCGAUCUCAACUCGAAAAUUAACGGCUUGAAAAUCGUUAACGGCGUCAAAGACUCGCCAACUAUUUCGUAGACGAAUUAUUCGUUGUAAUAUUUAUCGUACGUAGGAAAAAUGACAAUGUGAAUAGAUGUACAAGAGAAAAUUAAAAUGAAAUUAAUUGAAAAUUA